AUUUUUUUUUAACGAUUAAUAAAAUUGUGAGAAUUCGAAAAGCGAGAAUAAAUAUAUUUAUAAAGAAUCACGGUUGGUUUUUGGUGAACCGAUCGGCGUGAUUGAUAAUUUGGAAAAAAAAUUUGUAAGCGAUAAAUAAAGCAGUGGUAAAUAUGACGAUUCAUAAAAAGCAACCGGCUGGUAAAACGAAGGGCGAUAAAGGAUCCGCUAAAAAUUCGACAGAAGUGGCGAGCACAUCGUCCACAUCCACGAUGGCCGACGCGUCUCGGGAAAUCAGUUCAAAAAAUGCGACUAAGAUCGGAUCGACAGAAAUCGUAUCGACAUCGAGCGUUGUUCAGGAAGCCACAACUAUAGCAAAGAGUGAAUCUCGCACCAACGUCGUCGAGGUCAGAAGUUCGAGCCGCGAGGUCAUCAUGGAUGGGAAGGGAAAUGUUAUUCAAGUAAUCGAACACGCGCCAAAAACCGUGAAACAUUCCUCGUCAACUUCUAAAGGGGCACAGAGUUCGACGGAUUUCAUCGCCGCUGAGCAAAAACAGCAGAUAAAACAGAGCAAGAAAAUCGGUAACGAGGAUAAACGUGCGGCGAAUUUAAAUUCGGGCAAAAAUUCCGUCAGACAUGUCAAAGACGGGGGACAGAACAAGACGAUCAGAUCGAUCGAGGGCGGAUCAAACGACCAAAGUUCAUCUUCGCACUUCGAAAGUAUACAGAAAUCGUCAUCGUCGUCCAGCACGUUCGUCGAAUCUUCUACCACUCACGAGGAUCAUCUUCAACACUCGUCGUCGACCGUAACAUCCGAUCAAAUCGCUAGUCAAUCCGGUCCCGCGGUACAGACGUCUUCCAAGUCAGUUAAAAACGUGAGAUCGAGUCAGGUGGUCGAAGAAGGUCUCACGAUGGACGGUGAGACGGUUAAAAAUAAAACCGAGAUCAGAAGAUCUGGUCAGAAGGUGAAUGACAACGGGAAAGUCACAUCGUCGAAGACGGAAAGCGUCGAAAGUGAAACAACGGUGAUACCGUCCGACCCGGCAGUCGAAAUACAAAAAUCUAAAACCGGCAAGAAGACCGUGAAAACUGUCGGAUCUAAAACUGUAGAAGGUCAUGAUCAUCCGUCGAGCAACGUAACGAUUCGUACGACCGUUACGGACAGCACAGGUAAAAGUGUUACCACCACCGAACACUUGGAGAGUGACGUAAUCGCUCGUAAUACCAAACCAGGCGCUUCUACCUGGGAUGGAAAAUUCGUUUACGAAAAACCGACGAAACAAAAAUCGAGGAACAGUACGUCGGAUUCCAGCGUGUUUCGUCAUUCGGGACAAGAGACCACGUCGCCGAGGAGAACUAAGGGAAAAUCAACCGAUACGAGCAAAGGUGUCAUUAGAUCCGGUGGUUCCGUGACGGAAAUAUCGCACGGAUCGACGAGCGAAGAGCGAAGGUCUUCCAGUACCACGGAAAUUCACGGAUCGAACUUGGUCGACGAGAGCUCACAGUCUUCCACCACGGUCGUCCAGGACGGUGGUUAUAUCGCGGAAAGUUACACCCUGGAAACGGUCAACACUUACGAUUCGUCGGGAAGACUGAUCAGCACCGAAACACGACGUAUUCCAUCGGACACGGUGUUCGUUAACAGAGACGGAGGAUCGAUAGAUCGUCACACGUAUACGACUACUCACGAAAGCGAUCUGCACAGAGAUUCGACGACUCGCCAUUCGAAGCCGGGAGAUUCGUCGUGGGACGGUAAAUUCGUUUACGAAACACCAACACCUACUCGAAAAGGGAACACCUCCGAUGCGUCCGUUUUUCAACAUCCCGGUCAGGAUAACAUCGUCGAGUCCACCAGGCGCGUCGACACUAAAGAAUCCAGUCUGGAUGGUUCUUACAACCGAGAAACUACCAGCAAUAUUCACACGGCGAAAGGUUCGACGGAUUCGUCGGAAUUUUUGUCCCGCGAACGCGUCGACGUUAGCAAAGAAUCGUACGUUUACGUGGAUGACGGUAGAACCCCGCGAACCGAAGUUACGCGAGUCAACAGACCCGGCCAAUCGAAUUGGAACGGUCAAUUCGUGAGGGAAAAUCCUGCCGAUAAUAAAACGAAAGAAACGACCGACGCUACCGUAGUCAGAAGAACUAAGCCCAGGAAUGACUCCGUCGAGGUACAAGAUAUAUCGGAAGAGGUGAACGUCAGUAACAUAUCCGAAACCGUUUCUUCGUCGUACAUCGUCGAACAUUCGUCGAGCAGCGAUCUGAAGAAUAUCGAAAAAGUGACAUCGGUGUCCGAAACUAUUGCCGAAGAAGAACCCUCCGGAAGAGGACCGCAAGGUCGUCCUGGUAGUCCUCAAAAGGUACAAGGACAUCCGAGAGAUGGAAUACCUCUCAGUCAUAAGCCGGGACAAUCGACUUGGGACGGUCAUUUCAUUUACGAAAAACCACAAACGCCAAAGUCCGACCGUCGACACCCCGCCGGCUACGGUCCUCAGAAUUCCGAUAUUCGGAAAACUAACAGACGGGGAAACGUCGUCGACAUUCGCGACGUUACGGAUGAUCAUACCAUCAACGAAGCAGAUACCGUGACCACUUCCUACGUAGUGGAACACUCUUCGAGUCAGCAAAGUUUCUCAGAUUCGAAGGAUCUCGUCAGCAUUUCAUCCGUCACUUCGGAAACUACCGUUCACGAUGGGCAGACGGGCAGUCGUCCCGGUACCGCGCAAGGAAGAUAUCCCCAUGACACGCGUCCUGGUACUCCUCAAGGACGUCCUGGUAGCCCGGAAAAAGCACCGAGACCGACCAAACCGGGUUCGUCGACGUGGGACGGUUCGUUUUUGUACGAAAAAUCAGCAGAACAGAAGAAACCGAUAAUUGACGACGGUAAAAAACCGACUGACGGAAGACAACGACCCGGCAACGAGGAUAAAAGACUUUCCGACAACAAAACUGAUCAGGUCGCCCGCAAGGGUACGAGACACGUGAGUGACAGCACCUUGAAUAUCGGUAACACUUCGACGGACGUAUCCAGUACGUCCGAAGUGGUCAGCAGUUCAUUUGUCGUCGAACAGUCGAACGUUCAGGAAAGUUAUACGGAUUCGAAGAAUGUCGACUUUUCCACUUCGUCGACGGAAACCGUGAUCAUCCGGGAUGGAAAGCCCGUCGAAAGGCAGACGGUUCAUUCCGUAACGGAUCAUCGUCGACCCGGAAGUCCCGACAAAAGAGGACCUUCCUCGAGGGAUAGAAUUGUCGACAGACCCGGAAGCCCGGAUAAGAAAACGGGCCACCCCGACGACAAAAGCGCACGCCCAACAAAACCUGGAUCUUCAACUUGGGAUGGAUCCUUCGUAAUCGAGAAGAAACCGGAGGGUAAGAAACCUUCCGAUUCGUGGAAGGGGCCCGGAGGCGACGACCGGAGAAAACCGCGCGACGACAGACCUUCCGGUAGAAAACCGUCCGACGUUAAGCCCGGCGAUGUGGUGCUGAGAAAUUCGAAGCACGUGUCCGAUAGGACUUCAGACAUCAGUAACACUACGGAGGAUGUGCAGAGUACGUCCGAAGUCGUCACCAGCUCCUUCGUGGUGGAGCAAUCGAACACCGAGGAAAGUUUCAGCGACUCGAAGAAUCUGAACUUCUCCACAUCAUCGACGGAAACUGUGAUCAUGCGUGACGGAAGGCCUGUCGAAUCGCACACGACUUAUCAUGUGAGCGAUCAGCGUCGUCCCGGAAGCCCCGAAAAAAGAGGAACCACACCGAAGGAUAAAAUUGUCGGGAGACCCGAGAGUCCGGACAAAAAAUCGGGGCAUCCCGAUGACAAAAGCGCGCGUCCCACCAAGCCUGGCUCUUCGACAUGGGACGGUUCGUUCGUUGUCGAAAAGACACCGACUCAGAGGAAGCCAACCGAUUCGUGGAAAGGGCCCGGGGUCGACGAACGAAAGAAACCUACGACUGGAAAAGCUCAGCCGAGCGACGAAGGUAGAAGACCUUCGACCGGAAGACCUUCCGACAGUAAACCAAGCGACGUGGAACGCAGAAGUUCAAAAUACGUCACUGACAGCACCGCACAAGAUCUCUCGAGUACGUCCGAUGUCGUGACCAGCAGUUCUUUUCUGGUCGAGGAAUCGAGUACCCAGGAAAGUUAUCGGGAUUCGAAGGACGUGGAUUUUACUACGACCUCCACGGAGACGGUGGUAAUACGCGAUGGAAAGCCUGUGGAAAGACAAAGUAUUCAUUCGGUGACCGACAACCGCCGCCCCGGCAGUCCUGAUAAAAAAGGGACCCUACCCAGAGAUAAAAUUGUCAAAGGGCCGGGAAGUCCAAGCGAGAAAGGAACUCCCCAUCCGGAAGACAAGAAUGCUCGGCCUACCAAGCCUGGCUCCUCGACUUGGGACGGAUCUUUCACUUAUGAAAAACCACAGGAACUCACCCCGAAACCUGGACAGAAGAAAGAACCAACCGACAACAAAAAGAAGCCAACUGACGAAAGCCCUAAGGGUCGAAAGCCCACUGAUACGGUAGUCCAAAAAUCAUCAACGACUUCAAAGAACGUUCGGGAUAUUUCCGAAGACGUGACGACCAGCACCUACGUGGUCGAGCAAAUUUCUGUGAGUGAUUCUAAAAAAUUCGGCUCAACCGUUGUUUCCGAAACAAUAAUUUACGAAGGAUCUGACGAUCGACAGCCAAAAGACGGUUCUAAAAAGCCCAAGACACCGCACGGUCUUGAUAAAACUCACGACAGUCAUCCUGACAAACCUGGGACUCGCCCGGAUGGGAAGACACCGAGUGAAAGUAGACCCGAAAGACCGGAAAGUCCUACAGACAAAUCGACUCGGCCAACGAAACCUGGUUCUUCUACAUGGAACGGAGCUUUCGUUUACGAAAAACCACAAGAACCGACUACGAAACCAGGACAGAAAAAACAACCAACUGACGAGAAGAAAAAACCAACAGACAAAAGUACCAGAGAUCGCAAGCCCGAAGACAAACCUGAUGUAACGACGAGCACUUACGUUGUCGAGCAGAGUUCUGUCAGUGACAAGAAGAAAUUUGGAACGUCUGUCAUUUCCGAGAUCAUAGUUCACGAAGAUUUUGACGAAAGGAAACCAAAGGACGAUUCUAAGAAGCCCAAGAAGCCGGACGACCUCGAGAAAACGCCCAAGCGUCACCCUGACGAACCUGACCGUCGUCCAGAUGGAAAGACACCGAGUGAAAGUAGACCCGAAAGACCGAAAAGCCCUGAAGAUAAAUCGGCGCGUCCUACGAAACCUGGUUCUUCUACAUGGAACGGUGCUUUCGUUUACGAAAAACCACAAGAACCGACUCCGAAACCAGGUCAAAAGAAACAACCAACUGACGACAAGAAACGUCCGACUGACGGAAAGAAAAAACCAACAGACGAAAGCCCUAGAGAUCGUAGGCCCGAAGAUAAAUCUGAUGUAACGACGAGCACUUACGUUGUCGAGCAGAGUUCUGUCAGUGACAAAAAGAAAUUUGGAACGUCUGUCAUUUCCGAAAUCAUAGUUCACGAAGAUUUUGACGAAAGAAAACCAAAGGACGAUUCUAAAAAGCCUCGGAAACCGGACGACCUCGAGAAAACGCCCAAGCGUCACCCUGACGAAUCUGACCGUCGUCCAGAUGGGAAAAAACCUGACGAAAGUAGACCCGAAAGACCGAAAAGUCCCGAAGAUAAAUCGGCGCGUCCUACGAAACCUGGUUCAUCCACAUGGAACGGUGCUUUCGUUUACGAAAAGCCACAAGAACCGACCCCGAAACCAGGUCAGAAGAAACAACCAACCGACGACAAGAAGAAACCUUCGGACGACAGCCCCAAGGGUCGUAGACCGACUGACACGGUGGUGAGAAAAUCAUCUACGACUUCGACGGACGUCACAGACAUCACCGAAGAUGUGAAAAACGUAUCCGAAAUAACCAAGAGUUCUUACGUGUCUUCAAGCGACACAAAAACAACCGAUUCUUCGAAAAUAACCGAAACAUUGUUACGAGAGAGUCCCGAGGACAGGAAUAAGCCUUUGGACGAUAAAAAACGUCCCCAAAAGCCGGAAGACACUUCCAAAAAACCGGGUCACCCCGAUGGAAGACGAAAACCCGACGAAAAACGACCAGAAAGUCCCGAAGAUAAAUCUCUGAGGCCAACAAAGCCCGGAUCGUCAACGUGGAACGGUGCCUUCACCUAUGAGAAGCCAAAAGAAACGAAAAAACCCGAAGAACCCGGUAAGAAGAAGCCAACCGACGAGAAGAAAAAACCUUCGAGUUCCCCCAAGGAACUGGUGCCGAAGUUGCGUCCAUCGGAUGAAAAACCAUCUGAAAAUACAAGCGAUACCACGUCCGUAGUAGACAUUCGCGACCUGUCAACCGAUAUUCAACAAUCUUCGUACGUAAUCGAGCACUCGUCAAGUUUCACGAGUAUCAAGGACGUUCGUGACGUAGUCGAAGAGUACAAUAUCAUCACGGAUUACACGAUCGACAAACGUCACGAGGAUUCGAGAGAUGUUACCAUCGUGUCUGAAACGAGGGAGUUUAUCGACCGUGAACAGGUGACUAGCAUGGUGGCUAGGGACAUCGUAGACGAUAAAGUGUUCGAAGAAAUUACGAUAACAUCUGGACCCGAUAAGCCGGACGAAGAUAAGCCCGGAAAAUUGACACCGGAUCGCCCGGGGUAUCCAAAAAGUAUUCCGGGGCUCAGAGAAGAAGACGCGAAAAAACCGAAGCCACUUCCCGCCGCUGGAAAACCUAGCCGCCCUCAAAAACGGGAUGAAUCGCCAAAAAAACCUGGAGAAGAUGCGAAACCGAAAAAACCGUCUCAGGAAAAAACACGCGACGAAAAAUCACCGGAUCGCAAGCCCGUGCCCGCUGCUGGCAAACCGAGUCGUCCGGACGAAAAACCUCGACGUGGUGAUCAGACGCCGGAUUCUUUGGACGGCGAAGAACCUCGUCAGAAUAAAAUACCCAAGCCCGAAGAUGUCCUGGCUAAGAUACCUCUGAAGGAACAAUGCAUCUGCGAGCUAUGCACCUGCGGGCGGCACCGAUGUCCUCACAAUUUUGGCCAGGAUAAUUUCGAAUCGCCGCACGAACCGAUCGACAGCGUUACCUCGUACCGUCACGAGUACGACGAAAAACACGUCGAUAGACAAGUCGUGAUUCAUCAUGAGGAUCAUCUUCACAUGGAAGGUGAAUUUAUCGGCGAAAGACGAACGGAUUACGUUGUCACCAGGGGAGAACGUGCACCGGUGAAAAAACCGCAGGAUAAUCUUUAUCCCGAAGGUGACUUUUACGGGAAACCUAAAGAAGACGCCCCGAAAAUUGGGGAAAGGACGCCCGCCAAACGUCCACAGGAUAAUUUAUAUCCUAGCGGUGAUUUUGACAGUACGACUACCAAGGAACUUGCUUUCACCGGCUUGCCCGGCGAACGAACAAGUCCUGUACGUAGAAAUACUUACACGAAAGUUGAAGGGGAAUUUAUAGACGAAACUACCACUCGUAACGAAUAUAUCGAUCACAGAACCAUUCAAAGGGCUGAAAUCAUCAGGCGAACUGAUAAUUUGGUCAUUGGAGACGGUGAAUUUACGGGUACUUCUCAUGUGAAGGAAGAUUUUCCGACGUACGAUAUCGUCGAAUACGAAGAACCGACAACCCGACAUCAAACCACGAUAGACGAAGUGGAUCGUUACUACGGAAGGACCGAUGUGAUCGAAAAUUUCACUACGACGAGCGAAGAAUAUCGUAAUUUCGAUCAGACCGAUUACGUAUCGACGACGAUCAUAAGACGCGACGAUAAUCUGAGACCUGAAGGACCUUUCGAAGGAACUCCGAAAUCGAAAGAUGAUUACGUGCCAAGAAUCACCGAAAGACCUGAACCGCAUAGGCCGAAAGAUAAUCUCAAACCCGAAGGACCCUUCGAAGGACGCCCGAAGGACGAUUUUACUCCGAAAAAAGGUGAACGUCCAGAAGUCAAAAAACCGAAGGACAAUCUCAGGCCGGAAGGUACGUUCGAGGACAGACCUAAGGAUAAAUAUACACCGGGAGAGCGUAGAACGCCGAUCAAACCUGAGGAUAAUUUGAAACCUGAAGGAGAAUUCGAAAGACCUCAACCCGAACCCUACGGACCUGGUGACAGAGCACCGAUUGUCAGACAUCCGGAUAAUUUAUUCCCGAAAGGCGAUUUUCCAGACAGGGAACGCAAGCCGUUUGAACCUGCGGAAAGAAGGACACCGAUAAAACAUGACGAUAAUUUAAGACCUGAAGGUGAAUUUGACGGACGUCCAAAGAAUGAUUUUGGACCUAAACACGCGGAAAGACCGGAUGUGAAGCGGCCUCAAGAUAACCUUAAGCCCGAAGGACCGUUUGAAGGUCGUCCCAAGGAUAAGUAUACUCCGGGUGAACGAAGACAGCCGAUAAAACAUCCGGAUAACUUGAAACCGGAAGGUGAAUUUGAAAGACCUGAAGAGGAACCGUUUGGACCUGGAGAUAGAGCUGAGAUCGUGAGACAUCCUGACAAUCUCUUUCCGUCAGGAGAUUUCCUGGAUAGGGAAAGAAAACCUUUUGAACCGGCUGAGCGAAGAAAACCGAUUAAGCAUGACGACAAUUUGAAACCUGAAGGUGAAUUCGAGAGACCUGAACAGGAAAAGUUCCGUCCUGCUGAUAGACCAGAGGCCAAAAAACCGAAGGAUAAUCUGAAACCGGAAGGAGAAUUUGAAAGACCCGAAAAAACGCCUUAUGGACCUGGGGAAAAACGAACACCGAUCAAGCAUGCUGACAACCUCAAGCCUGAAGGUGAUUUCGAACGACCAGAACACGAGAAGUUCCGACCUGCUGAAAGACCAGAGGUCAAAAAACCGAAAGAUAAUCUCAAACCAGAGGGAGAGUUCGAGAGACCGGAGAAGACACCGUAUGGUCCUGGAGAGAGAAGAACGCCGAUCAAGCAUGCUGAUAAUUUAAAACCUGAAGGCGACUUCACUGGGAAACCGAGAGAUGAUUUUAAACCCACAACCGGAGAACGAGCUGACGUGAAAAGACCUGAGGAUAACUUGAAGCCUGAAGGUCCUUUCGAAGGAAGACCUAAGGACGAUUAUACGUACGUAAAAUCUGACCGCGUUGACGUUAUCAAACAUACCGAUAAUCUUCGAAUGGAAGGUGAUAUUUCCACGUACAGAUCUCGCGAUGAAUAUACUGAUUUUAUUGUAAGGGAAAGGGUUGAAGUUACGAAGCAUCAGGAUAAUCUUCGUAUGGAAGGAGAAUUCACAGAUGUUAGAACCCGGGAUGAUUAUAAAGUUGUCAAAGGCGAACGCGUCGAAGUUAUAAGACAUCCGGAUAAUUUAAAACCUGAAGGUGAAUUUGAAAGACCGGAAAAGACGCCCUAUGGACCUGGAGAAAAGAGAACACCCAUUAAACACGCGGAUAAUCUAAAACCAGAAGGUGAAUUUGAAAGACCAGAACAGGAGAAAUUCCGCCCUGCUGAAAGGCCAGAGGUCAAAAAACCGAAAGAUAAUCUUCGACCGGAAGGAGAGUUUGAAAGACCAGAAAAAACACCUUAUGGACCUGGCGAAAAACGAACACCUAUCAAGCAUGCUGAUAAUUUGAAACCUGAAGGUGAAUUCGAGAGACCUGAACACGAAAAGUUCCGUCCUGCUGAAAGACCAGAGGCCAAAAAACCAAAGGAUAAUCUGAAACCGGAAGGAGAGUUUGAAAGACCCGAAAAAACGCCCUAUGGACCUGGAGAAAAGCGAACACCGAUCAAGCAUGCUGAUAAUUUGAAACCUGAAGGUGAAUUCGAGAGACCUGAACACGACAAGUACCGUCCUGCCGAAAGACCGGAGGCUAAAAAGCCCAAGGAUAAUCUACGUCCAGAGGGAGAGUUUGAAAGACCAGAGAAAACACCCUAUGGACCCGGUGAGAAACGAACACCUAUCAAACAUGAAGACAAUUUGAGACCGGAAGGAGAAUUUGAAAGACCAGAACAGGAUAAAUACCGUCCUGCUGAACGUCCGGAAGUUAAAAGACCCAAGGAUAAUCUACGUCCAGAAGGCGAAUUCGAACGACCAGAAAAGACGCCUUAUGGUCCUGCUGAAAAGAGAACACCGAUCAAGCACGAAGAUAAUUUGCGACCAGAGGGUGAAUUCGAGAGACCAGAACAUGACAAGUAUCGUCCUGCCGAAAGACCCGAAGUUAAGAAGCCCAAGGAUAAUCUACGUCCAGAAGGCAAAUUCGAACGACCAGAAAAGACACCGUACGGUCCUGCUGAGAGACGGACGCCGAUUAAGCAUGAUGAUAACUUGAGACCGGAAGGGGAAUUCGAAAGACCUGAGCAUGAAAAAUACCGCCCCGCCGAAAGACCUGAAGCUAAGAAGCCCAAGGAUAAUCUGCGACCAGAGGGAGAAUUCGAAAGACCUGAAAAGACGCCUUAUGGUCCUGCUGAAAAAAGAACACCGAUCAAGCACGAAGAUAAUUUGCGACCAGAGGGUGAGUUUGAAAGACCGGAGCACGACAAGUAUCGUCCUGCCGAAAGACCCGAAGUUAAGAAGCCCAAGGAUAAUCUACGUCCAGAAGGCGAAUUCGAACGACCAGAAAAGACACCGUACGGCCCUGCUGAGAGACGGACGCCGAUUAAGCAUGAUGAUAACUUGAGACCCGAAGGGGAAUUCGAAAGACCGGAACACGACAAGUAUCGUCCUGCUGAGAGACCAGAGGCUAAAAAGCCUAAGGAUAAUCUACGUCCAGAGGGAGAAUUCGAAAGACCAGAGAGAACUCCUUAUGGUCCUGCUGAGAAAAGAACACCGAUCAAGCACGCAGAUAAUCUGCGACCAGAGGGUGAGUUUGAAAGACCGGAGCACGACAAGUAUCGUCCUGCCGAAAGACCCGAAGUUAAGAAGCCCAAGGAUAAUCUACGCCCAGAGGGAGAGUUCGAAAGACCUGAAAAGACGCCCUAUGGACCUGGAGAAAAGCGAACACCGAUCAAGCAUGCUGAUAAUUUGAAACCUGAAGGUGAAUUCGAGAGACCUGAACACGACAAGUACCGUCCUGCCGAAAGACCGGAGGCUAAAAAGCCCAAGGAUAAUCUACGUCCAGAGGGAGAGUUCGAAAGACCUGAAAAGACGCCUUAUGGCCCUGCUGAGAGACGGACGCCAAUCAGGCAUGAUGAUAACCUACGACCGGAAGGGGAAUUCGAAAGACCGGAACACGACAAGUAUCGCCCUGCCGAAAGACCCGAAGUUAAGAGGCCCAAGGAUAAUCUACGUCCAGAAGGAGAAUUCGAAAGACCUGAAAAGACGCCUUAUGGUCCUGCUGAAAAGAGAACACCGAUUAAGCACGAAGAUAAUUUGAGACCAGAAGGGGAAUUCGAAAGACCAGAACAUGACAAGUAUCGUCCUGCCGAAAGACCCGAAGUUAAGAAGCCCAAGGAUAAUCUACGUCCAGAAGGUGAAUUCGAAAGACCGGAAAAGACGCCUUAUGGUCCUGCUGAGAGACGGACGCCGAUUAAGCAUGACGAUAAUCUGCGCCCAGAGGGUGAGUUUGAAAGACCGGAACAUGACAAGUAUCGUCCUGCCGAAAGACCCGAAGUUAAGAAGCCCAAGGAUAAUCUACGUCCAGAGGGAGAAUUCGAAAGACCUGAAAAGACGCCUUAUGGUCCUGCUGAAAAGAGAACACCGAUCAAGCACGCAGAUAAUCUGCGACCAGAGGGUGAGUUUGAAAGACCGGAACACGACAAGUAUCGUCCUGCCGAAAGACCCGAAGUUAAGAAGCCCAAGGAUAAUCUACGUCCAGAGGGAGAAUUCGAAAGACCUGAAAAGACGCCUUAUGGUCCUGCUGAAAAGAGAACACCGAUCAAGCACGCAGAUAAUCUGCGACCAGAGGGUGAGUUUGAAAGACCGGAACACGACAAGUAUCGUCCUGCCGAAAGACCCGAAGUUAAGAGGCCCAAGGAUAACCUGCGACCAGAGGGAGAAUUCGAAAGACCUGAAAAGACGCCUUAUGGUCCUGCUGAGAAACGGACGCCAAUCAGGCAUGAUGAUAACCUACGACCGGAAGGGGAAUUCGAAAGACCGGAACACGACAAGUAUCGUCCUGCCGAAAGACCUGAAGCUAAGAAGCCCAAGGAUAACCUGCGACCAGAGGGAGAAUUCGAAAGACCUGAAAAGACGCCUUAUGGUCCUGCUGAGAGACGGACGCCAAUCAGGCAUGAUGAUAACCUACGACCGGAAGGGGAAUUCGAAAGACCGGAACACGACAAGUAUCGUCCUGCCGAAAGACCUGAAGCUAAGAAGCCCAAGGAUAACCUGCGACCAGAGGGAGAAUUCGAAAGACCUGAAAGGACGCAUUAUGGUCCUGCUGAGAAAAGAACACCGAUCAAGCACGAAGAUAACUUGAGACCGGAGGGUGAAUUUGAAAGACCAGAACACGACAGGUAUCGUCCUGCCGAAAGGCCUGAAGUCAAAAAACCGAAGGAUAAUUUACGUCCGGAAGGUGAAUUCGAAAGACCAGAAAAGACUCCAUAUGGACCCGCCGAAAAGCGGACGCCAAUCAGACAUGAAGAUAAUCUCAAACCUGAAGGCGAUUUUGAAAGACCAGAACAAGAUAAAUACCGCCCUGCCGAACGUCCUGAAGUCAAAAAACCGAAGGAUAAUCUCAAGCCCGAAGGAGACUUUGAAAGACCUGAAAAAGCGCCUGUCGGACCAGCUGAAAGACGGACGCCGAUAAAACAUGACGACAAUCUGAAGCCCGAAGGUGAUUUCAUUGGUAGAGUAAAAGACGACUAUACUAUUGUAAAAGGUGAACGCGCCGAUGUUAUCAAACAUACGGACAAUCUUCGAAUGGAAGGUGAUAUCCAAACUUAUCGUUCUCGCGAUGACUACACCGAUUUCAUUCAUCGAGAACGCGUCGAAGUUAGAAAAUAUGAGGACAAUUUGCGUAUGGAAGGAGAAUUCAUCGACACCAGGACCCGCGACGACUAUAAAAUAGUGAAGGGCGAACGCGUUGAGAUCGUCAAACAUCCUGACAAUCUCAAACCCGAAGGUGAGUUCGAAGGACGACCCAGGGACGAUUAUUCUCCGAAAAAAGGCGAGAGAGUUGAAGUCAAGAAGCCAAAGGACAAUCUCAAACCCGAAGGAAACUUCGAAAGACCAGAUAAGAAGCCGUUAGGUCCUGCAGAACGUCGAACCCCCAUCAAACAUAGCGACAAUCUUAAACCAGAAGGUGAUUUCACGGGUCGUCCACGUGAAGAAGCUCCGAAAAUCGGUGACAGAGCUGACAUCAAAAAGCCAAAGGAUAACCUGCACCCUGAAGGAGAAUUUGAUCGUCCUGAAAAAACUUCUUACGGCCCCGCGGAGAGAAGAACACCGAUAAAACACGCGGAUAAUUUGAAACCGGAAGGAGACUUCACCGGACGUCCCAGGGAUGAGGCACCGAAACGCGGUGAGCGAGCGGAAGUCAAGAAACCGGAAGACAAUCUACGACCGGAAGGUGACUUUGAAAGACCCGACAAAAAGCCCGUUGGACCUGCCGAAAGAAGAACACCGAUUCGUCACGAGGACAAUCUCCAUCCCGAAGGUGAAUUCACAGGUCGUCCGAAAGACGAUUUUACACCGAAGCGCGGCGAACGUCCAGUUCAGAAGAAGCCCAAGGAUAAUCUCAAGCCGGAAGGUGAAUUCAACGGAAAACCAAGGGACGAUUAUGUCACCACCAGAGGAGAACGAUCGGAAAUCAUUAUCCAUAAAGAUAAUCUCCGGAUGGAAGGCGAAAUGGAUGUCCACCGAAGGGACGAUUACAGAGUUUCAAAAACUGAACGCGUCGAUGUGAUCAGGCGCGAAGAUAACCUGAGAAUCGAAGGAGAAUUCACAGACAUUCGCAGACGUAACGAUUACAAUGUAACGCGUGGCGAACGCACGGAGAUAAUCAGACACGAAGACAAUUUGCGUCCCGAGGGUGACUUCGAACGUCCAGAGAAAUCACCCGUUGGUCCGGCUGAGAGAAGAUCGCCCAUAAAACAUCCCGACAAUUUGAAACCGGAAGGAGAUUUCAUUCGCAGACCAAAAGAAGCCGCUCCGACUAAGGGAGACAGGGCUGUUGUGAAGAAACCAAAGGACAAUCUUAAACCGGAGGGCGAUUUUGACAGGCCUGAAAAGUCACCGGUCGGUCCCGGCGAAAGACGUACGCCCAUCAGACACCCCGAUAAUCUUCAUCCGGAAGGUGAUUUCCACGGAAGACCGAAGGAAGAAGCUCCCAAGAGAGGCGAUCGGGCUGACGUGAAAAAACCGCGUGACAAUCUUCGGCCUGAAGGAGAUUUCGAAAGACCACAUCCGUCGAAGGUUGGUCCAGGUGAACGGCGCACGCCGAUCCGUCACCCGGAUAAUCUUAAACCGGAAGGUGACUUCGAGAAACGAACUCCUGGUAAAGUUGGACCUGGAGAAAGACGAACUCCGAUUCGUCACGAGGACAACCUUCAUCCUGAAGGCGAUUUCUAUAUCGAACCGAAGGACCAUUCUACCCCGAAAAAAGGAGACCGUGCGGUCAUUAAGAGACCACAAGAUAAUCUCAGGUCCGAAGGCGAUAUGCAAAUGACUCAAACUUCGAGGGAUGAUUACAAAGUGGUGAAGGGUGACCGGGUCGAAAUCCGUCGCCACGAAGAUCACCUCCGUAUGGAAGGUGAGAUGGACGUGCGUCGGUCGAGGGACGACUACAAAAAAAUCACCAAGGUCGAAAGGGUGGACAUCAGAAGGCACGAGGACAAUUUGAGGGUCGAAGGAGAAUUCGUUGAUAUCAGAAGGCGGAACGAUUACACCACACACGUGGUAGGUGAACGAGCGUCGAUCCAGAGACAUCCUGACAAUUUGAGACCCGAAGGAGACUUCGACAGACCGGCAAAAAGCCCUGUAGGUCCAGGUGAGAGGCGAUCGCCGAUAAAACAUCCCGAUAAUCUGAAGCCCGAAGGUGACUUCGAGCAAAGAACACCCAAAAAUGUUGGACCCGGUGAACGAAGGACUCCGAUUCGUCACGGGGACAAUUUGAAGCCUGAAGGGGACUUCGUAGGUCGUCCGAAGGACGAUUAUUCCCCGAAGAAGAUCGACAGAACGGAAAUAGUCAGGAGAGAGGACAAUCUGAAGAUGACCGGCGAUUUCCAGGACACGACUUCUCAAAAAUCGACUUACAAAAUUAUCCGCGGUGAACGCGUUGAGAUAAAACGUCACGAAGAUAAUCUCAAGAUUAAUACUGGAACGAUGGAGUCCAAGACGACGUCGCGAGAUACAUUUACACCGACGAAAAAGGAAGUGGUGCCGCAAGACAGGCCGGUGAAUCGUCGAAGGCAUAUGGAGUCGUCGAUUUCUCUCGGAGAAGACACGAGCACGGUUUCCACAACGAAUCAACGCAAUUACAACACCUAUACUAGAAAAACCGGGCGUGAAGUUGCCGCUAAAUUGGAAGACGUGCAAACUGAUGUGAAACGAGCGGCCACAACCGAAACGAAGACUCUCGCCGAUGGUUCCGUCGUUACCGUGAUCAGAGAAACGACAACCAAACACACCGGUCAAAAAGUGGUCGGUCAAACGAGCCAGCAGCAGCAUGUCCAUCAUACCAACGUUUCCGAGCGUCAUGGAACUCGAGUGAUCGAAGGUCCGAGCGGCGAACCGCCGCAGGAUAACAAUGUCUCUCGAAGAUCAACGACGACGUCGAUCGACGACCAGCGUCAAGUGAACGAACAAAAUCGUCGUGUCCAUAACGAACAACACGUCAGAUCAGAGAACGUGUCUCACGUCCGUCACGUGAUCGACGACAGAUCGAUAACGGACGUCAAUCGGCACGCUCAUAAUCAGAUAACGAGAGACGUGACAUCGAACACUCGUCAUCUGGCUGAGAACAAGAUCGGUAGGGAAGCUCAGGAGAUUCAUCGGCAACAACAAAUCGAACGUCGUCAACAGCAACAGCAGCAGCAAAACGAGCAACAUCAAGUUUCGCGUCGCGAUUACGUAAAUCUGGAUCACAUCGAUAACAGAUCACAAUCUCACACGUCCCGUCAGCAUCAUCACAGUCAUCAAACGAACGCGAUUCAUUCCCAGCACACGGUAUCGAGUCAAGCAAGGUUCAACACAAAUCAAUCCCAAAGCAACGAAUUCCGACAGAUAAUUAGCGGGCAAUCAACCCUGGCCGACUCGUCGACGAAAACGGGUCAUCACAGAAAAAAUGUCAUAUCGUCAUCGUCGGCUGAUGUAAGUAAUUCCGUGUUGCAUCGCAGGGGUGUAACGUCGUCGACGGAAGCAUUGCACACGAUAUCGUCGACCGCAGCAGCGCAGAGAAAAAGUAUAUCGAAUUUGGCUGACUCGGGACAAUACAUAAGUAAUUCGAGUCAAAGCAGCGAUCGUCGAAGUCUAACUUCUCUCCACCGAAGUAACAAAGACGGUGGAAAUCCUUGGGCUUCGUCGACGUACGAAAGACCACAGCGUGUCGUUCAUCGUGACAAUUUGACGGUCGGCGGUAAAUUUUAUUCGCACAGCGAAGCGAAAAGUUACGGUAAUUUUUCCACUCAAAGAACAGAAAGAGUUCAAAGGAGAUCGAACGUGUCUCACAUAGCCCUCGGUGACAGUACAACCACAACUUCGACAUCUUACAAAAAAGAAUUCGCUCCGAGAAUUCAAGGACCUUGUCCAGCUUCCUUACUUGAAGCUAAACAAGCGCCGUUCAAACACACCAGGGAUACGCAAAAGCAUAAAUUUUACAUGCCCCUGAUUUCUAAAUAAGAGGUUUGAAAAUAUUGAAAAAAAAACGAAACCGAACAACGAAAACGAAAGUAAUACGGCAAGGGAGAAUGAUUUCACUCUCAAAAAACGCAGAUGCCUUCAGGAACUGUGAUAUGAUAUUGGAUGAACAAAAAAAAAACCGGGCAUCGAGAUCAGAAUUUUUGUAAUUUUUAGCGAUUUACCAACGUCAGCCCCUAUGAAUGUUUUUGUUACACAAGUUAUUGCAAUGAUUAUUCGUUACCAGUUAAGAAAAUAUAUAAACACAUUGUUACUCAUAUAUAAAUAUAAUGUUAUUAAUAUUACUAUGAAUUUUUCAACCGAUAUAUUACAAUUAAUUUUCAACACGUGUAUCCUGAAGCAAUAAUACACCGAUAAUUUCAUGACUAGAGCUUGAAUCCGUGAUAAGUUGUUGAAUUGAUAUAAUAAUCCCAAAUAUACAGGCUAACGCAGUAGAUCGAUCAAGAAUAGCCCGCAAAGCAAGCCCGUAGCUUGAUUAAAUUAGUAGCAGGAAGAGAAAAGAUUUAAUCAGAAGAUCCAAACUAACUAAUGAUGAUAAACUCAAAUUAUAUUCUUAAUUCCUUCGCCCUAACACAUCCGCAAUUAUACUAUACAUUCCGAUAUUGAAUUUGGUUUUAUACAUUUGGAGAAACAAAAAAUAAGUUGAAAAAACAAGAACGUACGAAAACGAAAACUCACACUCAUGAAUGGAACUGAAUGACUAUCACAAUGAUUAAUUUUUAAUCGGGCCACGAAUUCGGAAUGACUAUUACUUUUUGAGUUACAUAAAUUUAUUAUAAUUAUGAUUAUUGUAUUUAUUAUUAGCAUGAGUAUCAUUGUAUGACUUUCGAUUAUGUUUCAUUUGUAUACGAGCUUUGUUUUAUUUUACUAGGCAUUUAGUUUUCAAUUUAAUAAAAGACAAAAAAAAAUUCACAGGAG